GCACCACCCAUGCUGUACCCCAACCUGGCUGAGCUGGAGAACUACAUGGGACUUGCUCUCUCUAGCGAAGAGAUCCAGAAGAACCUGCUCCCGGAUGACAGCACCGCACUGACCCCCGCUGGGACCUCCCCAGGCCAGCUGGUCGCCCCCCUGAGCGGGAAUAACGCGGGGCUGCGGCGGGCAGAGAUCAAGCCGGGCGUGCGGGAGAUCCACCUCUGCAAGGACGAGCGGGGCAAGACGGGGGUGCAGCUGAAAAACGUCGACCAGGGCAUCUUCGUGCAACUGGUGAAGGCCAACUCGCCGGCGUCGCUGGUGGGGCUGCGCUUUGGUGACCAGAUCCUGCAGAUCAACGGCAAGAACUGCACGGGCUGGAGCAGUGACAAGGCGCAGCGGGUGCUGAAGAAGGCGUCCCCAGAGAAAAUCGUCAUGGUGGUGCGGGACAGGCCUUUCCAACGCACCGUCACCGUGCACAAGGACAGCACUGGCCACGUCGGCAUCGUGGUCAAGAAGGGGAAAAUCGUGUCGCUGGCCAAGGACAGCUCUGCCGCCCGCAACGGCCUCCUCACCCACCACUACAUCUGCGAGGUGAACGGCCAGAAUGUCAUCGGCAUGAAGGAUAAGCAGCUCAUGGAGGUGCUGGCAGGGGCCGGGAACGUGGUGACACUGACCAUCAUCCCCACCGUGAUCUACGAGCACAUGGUCAAACGGCUCUCGGCGGGGCUGGUGAAGUCCACCAUGGACCACUCCAUCCCUGACCUCUGAGGUGAUUGCUGCCAUCCCGGGGGGCCAACACCAGCGUGGGCAGCCCCCGUGGCCAAGCCUGCACGUGCUCCUGGAAGCUUGGGGGGGACUGCUGAAGCUCCCCCCCGCAGCGUCCCCAAAUGAAGUUGUUUUAGCACAAGAGCUCUCAUCCCUACAAAGGCUGGUGGCUGCGGGGAGGAGCAGGGGGACCACCAGCUCAUGAUGUCCCACGUGUUCCCCUGGCCCUCUCAUCAGCAGGGACGCGACACGACCCCCCUCUUCCUGGGGUCCCCGUGUCCCCCUGUGUCCCCGCUCAGGCCAGCCCCCCUCGGGGCGGACGCCAAAGGCUGGCUCCAGCCAAAGCAGACACAGAC